AUGGCCAGUUCAGGCGGUCGUACGCGUCCUCUUAGUGCUGCCCGACCUCUCAGCGGCAGCAAGGAGCGGCCCACAGAUAUACGCAACAGGAGAGAGAAGGUCCUGCUCAAGUACCAGGAGUUUUCCGAGGCGGUCUCCUCCCGCCGUCUCAAACUGGAGCAGGCCAAACAGUUGCACCAGUUCUACAGUGACGCUGAUAAUCUUGAGUCAUGGAUCAAUGAUAAGAUUCGCAUAGCCUCUGACGAGUCUUACAAGGACAGAAGAAACCUACAGGUGAAGAUACAAAAGCACCAAUCCUUUGAAGCUGAGAUUGCUGCACACACUAACUCAAUGAUGGAAGUAAAGAAUAAGGGAAGGAAAAUGGCACAGGAUCACUUUGCAGCAGAAGCCAUUAAGAGGAGGCUAGAACAGAUAGAAUCAGCUUGGGAUAAGCUUCACACUGCUUCGGUUGACAAGAGACAGAAGCUCCAGUAUGCUCAAAAAGGAGAGCAAUUCAUUAGAGAAGCUGAUGAAGUAUUAACCUGGAUGAAUGACAGAAUGGCUAUUGCAAGCUCCAGUGAGCCAGGAAAAGACUUAGAGCACGUGGAGCUCCUACAAACAAAAUUUGAUGAGUUUUCUAAGGAUGUUCAAGCAAAUGAGCCUCGUAUUACAUCAGUGAACCAGUUUGCUCAAAAACUGAUUCAUGAGUAUCAUCCUGAAUCAGAACUAAUAACAUCUAAAAGAAAGUUAGUUAAUGAGACAUGGGGAAUGUUAAAGCAGCUCUCACAGCAAAGGAGACAAGUCUUAGAAGGAGCUCAUGAGAUACAGAAAUUUAACAGAGCUGUGGAAGAAACAGCAACGUGGAUGAACGAGAAAUCAAACGCUGUUUUAUCAGACGAUUAUGGACGGGAUCUUGCCAGUGUACAGGCUCUCCUGAGGAAACACACUGGACUAGAGAGAGAACUUGAUGCACUAGAAAUAAAGGUUCAAGAGACAAACAGUGAAGGAGAGAGACUGAGGCAGGAGCAUACUGGCAGUGCUGAUCAGAUUGCUGCUAAACAAGCUGAGAUUGGUAUGCUGUGGGAAAACCUCAAGCACAAGGCUGCCAAGAGGGGAUCAAAGUUGCAAGAAGCUCAGAAAUUUCAACGUUUCCUGGCAGAUUACCGUGACCUGAUCCUUUGGGUAGAGAAUAUGACUACUCUCAUAAAAGCUGAUGAAUUAGCAAAAGACAUGUCAGGAGCACAUGCCUUGCUACAGAGACACAGAGAGAGAAAGGGUGAGAUUGAUGCUCAAGAGGACAGCUUUAAGAAAACAAUGCAGUUUGGGCAGACUCUUCUCUCAGACAGUCACUUUGCAUCUGAUGAAAUCAAAGAAAAAAUUGAAGGAUUGUCUCGGGGUAAGACUGAGCUUGCCUUACUGUGGGAGGAAAGGAAAGGAGAGUUUGAUCAGUGCCAGGAACUCCAGACAUUCCUGUGCAACGCGGAAGAAAUGGAAAACUGGAUCUCAAAACAAGAGAGUAUGCUUUCCAGUGAGGAUGAGGAUAGAGAUAGUUUGGAGAGUGUUGAGGGACUUCUCAAGAAGCACGAGAAUUUUGAGAAAUCCCUUGCAGCUCAGGAAGAAAAAUUUAAAGCAAUAGAUGAUGCUGCUACAGGGAUGAUAGGUAACAAUCAUUAUGCCUCGACUGAUAUUGACCAUCACAGGAAGAUGGUACUUCAAAUGCAGAAGGAGCUGAUGGCCCUUGCCAGCAAGAGGAAGAUCCGUCUUCAAGACUGCUAUCAACUCCAGCAGUUUCUGUUUGACAGUGAUGAGAUUAGGACGUGGAUAUCUGAGAAAACAAAAACAGCCAGUGAUGAGACUUACAAGGAUCCUUCAAAUCUUGAGACUAAGAUACAGCAGCAUCAGGCCUUUGAGGCUGAACUCCAAGCAAACAGGCACCGACUGGACAGUGUCGUGAGCACCGGGAGAGAACUAAUCACUCAAUCACACUUUGCAUCUAAAAGAAUACAGGAUGUUUGCCAGGAGCUUGAAGAUGCCUGGUCACAGUUAGAGGAGUUUUCAACCAGCAAAGGUGUAAAGCUAGAGCAGGCUCACAGUGGCCAGCAGUUUGAUAGAGCAGUCAAAGACGUUGAGCUCUGGCUGGAUGAGGUUGAGACUCAACUAGGAAUGGAAGAGAUAGGAAAAGACUUGGCUGGUGUUAAAAAGCUCCAGAAGAAGCUUGCCCUGAUAGAGACUGACAUAUCAGUCCAUAAGGACCAGAUUGAUGCUCUUCUCUCUCAAGCCUCACAAUUCAUUGAUGAAGGACAUUUUGAUGCCGAGGGGAUCAGAAAAAAGAAAGAAGCUCUUGUUGAACGAUACGAGAGACUAAGUGUUCCUGCUAAUGAUCAGAGAGAGAGGUUAGAGGCAUCCUGUGAGCUCCAGCAGUUCCUCCGUGAUGUUGACGAUGAGAUUGCUUGGAUCAAAGAGAGAGAGUCUAUAGCUACUCUACCCAAUAGAGGAAUGAACUUGGCUGGUGUACAAAACCUACAAAAGAAACACAAUGCUCUUAUGGCUGAGCUAUCAACUCAUGAUCCUCGUAUAAAGGCAGUGAGGGAGAAAGGAGAGGGAAUGAUAGCAGGGUCCAAGCAUCACGCUGAAGACAUUGAGUCUAAACUAAGUGAACUAGCUCACCUAUGGAACCAAAUAAAAGAAACUGCAGAGUCACGGAAGCAGGUCCUUGAAGAUUCCUAUGAAGCUCAGAAGUAUUUCUCUGAUGCCCUGGCAGCUGAGCUAUGGAUGAAAGACAUUGAGCCAGUGGUAGGGAGCUCUGACUAUGGGAAAGAUGAAGACAUGGCUGAAGCUUUAUUAAAGAAGCAUGAGACGGUCUUUGCCGAUGUCAAAGGGUUUGGCAGCACCAUUGAAGCAUUGUCAGCACAGAGUGCCAAGUGUCAAGAUACAGUGAGUGAUGUGAGUCUAGGGCCAGGAGCAGGUGAGUCAGAGAAGACUUACGUUAAAGCAGUCUACAGCUAUGGAGCCCACAGUGCCAGGGAAGUGAGCGUCAAGAAAGGAGAAAUACUAGCACUGAUAAACUCAUCAAACAAAGAAUGGUGGAAGGUAGAGACUUCAGGAGGGAAGCAAGGUUUCCUUCCUGCUAAUUAUGUGAAGAAAGUCUCUCCUUCUGUUGCUGUGGGGCUAGCCGGUAAUGCUUCUCUACAAAGGAGGGUCUCCUUUAAUGUGGCCAUGGAAACUGGUCCACAAGAGAGUGUGGUUGACAGACAAGCUAGAGUUAAGAGAAAAUAUGCUAACUUAGAGAGGCUAGCUGAUGACAGGAGGCAAAGGCUUGAAGAGUCAAAGAAGAGGUUUGUUUUAAGCCGUGAACUGAAUGAACUGAAACACUGGAUAACUGACAAAGCCGCAUUUGUUAGUUCUGAAGAGGCUGGGAAGGAUCUUGAACAUGUCGAGGCUCUAAAGAAGAAGUUUGAGAGCUUUCAAGCCGAACUGACCUCUAACGAGGCCAAACUCACAAGCAUAACAACAAUGGCUGAAGGAAUGGUACAAGAAGGACACACUGACGCUGAAGAAAUACAAGGAGAGCUAGAGGAUUUAAAUUCUCUCUGGGAGACGUUAGUCCAAUCCACAGCCUCCAGGAAGCACCAGCUUGAGGAGGCCUAUAAUGUACAGAAGUUCAUACGAGCCGCCGACGAGACCAAACUCUGGAUGAAUGAGAAGUCCACGUCCUAUCCUCAAGCUGCCAAGCAAGUGAAGAGCAAAGAGAAGGAGGUCCUGGAUGCAUGGAACCAUCUUAAGGGACACGCUGAGGCUCGUAAAGUGAAGCUUGUUGAUUCUUAUGAUCUUCAACACUUUGUCAAUGAAUACCGUGAUUUGAUGGCGUGGGUUAACAGCAUGCAGGCUUCACUCUCAUCACAGGAACUAGCAAGCAAUGUUAGUGGAGCAGAGAGACUACUGAAUAAACAUAAAGAACAGAAAGUAGAGAUAGAGGCCAAAAAGGGCAGUAUCCAGUCAUUCCUCUCACUGGGUAAGCAGCUAGUACUGAAGGGACAUUAUGCCAGCUCUGACGUCAAAGAGAAACUUGAAUCACUUAACAUACAAACGGCUGCCAUUGAAAACUUGGAACACAAGGAAACAAUUACUGGAUCAAUGCAUGAACUUGCAAUUGUCAAUCGUGAUGCUGAGCAAGCUGAGAGGUGGAUGGCAAAGAGGGAGACCUUCCUUCAAAGUGAAGAGAUGAAACUAGGGACCAGUUUAGAUACUGUUGAGGUACUCCUCAAGAAACAUGAUGAGUUUGACAAAACACUGCAAGCUCAAGAGCCUAAAAUCUCUGAAGUUCAAAAGUUUGCCGAUCAGUUGGUCCAAAGCAGACACUACGCUGCUGUGGAGAUAGCCGAACGACGUGCCUCAGUCCUCUCAGCUUGGGCAAAACUAAAGCAGUCCCUCGUUGACUGGAGGAGCAGACUAGGCCAGUCCCAGAGUCUACAGCAGUUCAAUAGAGAAGUGGACGAGAUUGAUGCCUGGUUGGGCGACAAGCUCCAAACAGCCGGGGAUGAGUCGUAUCGCGAUCCGACGAACCUCGAGAACAAGUUACAGAAACACGAGACGUUUGAGAGCGAAGUGGAGGCCAGCAAGGAGAGGGUUUUUGGUCUUGUUCAAGCUGGGAAGGAUCUAAUAGAGUCCCAGCAGUGUCCAGGGCAGGAGGGAGACAUACAGGAGAGGAUAGGAUCACUGGAGGAGCAGUGGGAGAAACUCAUUAACAAAACCAAUGAGAAGACACAGAAACUGAAGGAGGCCAACCAGGAGAGGCAGUUUAAUGAAGGGAUUAGAGAUCUUGAUUAUUGGUUGCAAGAAACAGAGGCUAAGCUAUCCAGUGAUGAUUUAGGUAGAGAUAUUGAUGGAGUGGAGGCACUGGCUAAGAAACACCAGCUCCUUGAGGCAGAACUACUGGCACAACAGGAUCGUAUCAAAGAUCUCAAGGCACAGUCAAUGAAGUUUAUGGAGGAUCAUCAUUUUGAUGCUCAGAGCAUACAGGCCAAGCAAAGAGACACUGAAGCUAGAUUUGGAAGACUCCAGCAGUUAGCUAAAGGUCGUAAGGCAAAGCUUGAGGACUCUCUCACGUUGCAUCAGUUUUAUGGGAGCAUCAAUGAUGAGGAGGCAUGGAUCAAAGAGAAGAAGUUGCUAGUUAGUUCAACUGAUUAUGGUAAGGAUCUCCUUGGCGUCCAGAGACACCUCAACAAUCACAGGAAAUUGGAAGACGAACUUAACACACAUGAACAGGCACUGAAAUCUCUGUUAUCUCAAGGUGACAAGUUAGCCUCGUCUGAUCACUAUGCUAUGCUGGAGAUAAAGGAGAAAUGCUCAAACCUACAGGACCAGUGGCAAGACCUCAAUAACAUUGCAUCUAAAAGGCACCAGAAGUUGCUUGAGUCUCUCUCCUAUCAAGAGUUCAGUGCUCGGGUGAGCGAGGAGGAGUCAUGGCUCUCUGAGAAACUAUCACUGACUGGAAGCGAUGACUAUGGAAACAGUCUCGCUGCUGUCCAGUCAUUGUUAAAGAAGCAUGAGGCGUUUGAGACUGAUGUUGUAGUCCAUCAAGGAAGAAUAGCAGAGAUGGAAGAAACGGGAGAGAAGCUAACGAAACAAGACAACUAUCAAGCAAAGCAAAUUAAACAAAAGCUAACACUGUUAAAGUCUAAAAUGAAAGAGUUGGAGAGUGCUGGUAAGAGGCGUCAGGCUGGACUCCAGGACUCCAAGAACUGCCUUCAGUUUUACUGGGAGGCUGACACUGUAGAGUCUUGGAUCAAGAAUAAACACGGGCAGCUUCAUUCUGAUGAUCAUGGUCGUGACAUUCUCUCCGUGCAAGCUUUACUGACCAAACAUGAGACGUUUGAAGCUAGUCUCAGCUCUUAUAAGAAAGAGGGUAUUGAUAAUCUAACACAAGUGAAGGAUGAUCUGAUAUCAGCUAAUCACUCUCAGUCACGGAGCAUAACCCAGCGUCACACUGAUGUCAUGAGGAGGUGGGAUAAGUUACAGAAAGAUUCUGAUGCUCACAAAGCAAGGCUCCAGCGUGCAUUAGAUCAGUUUAAGAAGGUGGAGGAGCUGUUUCGUCAGUUUGCUGAAAAGGCAUCAGCUUUUAGCAUAGCAUUGAGCAACAUUGAAGAGGAUCUGGCAGACCCAGUCCGCUGUAACUCUCUACAUGAAAUUGAAAGCAUAAGAGGGUCCCACCAGCAGUUACACCAACAAGUCUCCAUAUGUAGGAAUGACCUGAAACAAAUUUCUACCCUUGACAGGCAAAUAAAGUCGUACAGCACUUCUGCCAGCAACCCCACUGCACUAUUAGCAUCAACUGAGUUGUUUGCCUCAUCUGAAAAAAUAGCAGUAUUUUUAUAUUUAAAUUAA